AGGCUCUAUUUUUUUAAAUUUUAGAAAUCAACAUGGCUGAUGUGGUGGUUAUUGGUGCAGGUAUAGCUGGCUUAGUUGCUGUGUAUCAUAUUUUAAAGGAAAAACCAGAUGCUAAAGUAACACUUCUGGAAGCUGCUGAGCAUGCAGGUGGGCAGAUCCGGUCUUUACAGCUUCAAGGUGCUUCCGGUGCAGAUACCUGGGAUAUUGGUGCAUCAUUUAUUCAAAGGUCACAAAAAUGUUUGAUGUCAUUAUUAAGUGAGUUUAAACUUGAGACGCUACCACCAUCAAAAGGCAAACGCAUUCUACAAUUGGGAGAUGGUACUAUUAAGUCAUAUUCUGGGUCAAUUCCGCCUUUACCUUGGUCUUCACUACUAGAUCUUCACAGAUACAUGUCCAAGCUUGAGGGAUCUUCAAAGAAGAUUAACAUGACCAAUCCAUGUGAGGGUGCUAAGGCGGUUGAGCAAGAUAACACAAGUGUUGAGGAACUCAAAGUGAAGACACUUUGGACACAGUCUGCCAAGGACAUGGCCGAUACCCUUGCUGGAUCCGUUCUAAGUGUUAACCCUAAGAAUAUAUCUGUGCUGUACUAUGAGUAUAUGUUGCAUGCAAACAAGGGAUGGGAAGGAUUAUUGGGCUCUUCCAAAGAUGGUCUUCACAGAAUCAAGGGAGGUGCUGGGAAAUUGGUGAGUGCACUGGUAGAGGCUAUAGGAGAAACAAACAUUGUAUUCAACUCAAAGGUUAUGUCUAUUAAGCAUACACACGAGGGAGGUGAAGGUCUUGUCACUGUGGAGGUAAUGACAGGUGAAACAUACACAGCAAAGAAGGUUAUUGUAACUCAAGGAAGAGAUAUGAUUGAGUUCUUACCAUCAGCUCCUGUGUUUCCUCCAUUGUUACCCAUCACUUAUGGAAUUUCAUUUGUUAUGACAUUUUCAAAGUCAUUCUGGCAGGAUAACGGAUAUUGUGGAGAGGUGCUGAGUAUGUCUGGGACGAUCCAAUACCUCACUGGAGAUGGGGAUUGGUUUGCCACUGCCAUAUUCGAUGCCACGACUGUUGAUAAUCCUGCGUUGUCUGGAAUUUUGAACCCUCUAUCAUUGAGGGACAAAACUGUUGAAGAACGAAAGUCUGAGAUUCUGAAACUUCUUGCAAAGUACUUCAAAAUGGAAAAUGUUGAGGUUCUUGAUUAUGCUGAUCAUACUUGGGGUGAACCAUGGAAGUAUGGAGACAAGUUACUUACUGCAUCAUCAUUGGCUGACAGGAGGAAACCCUUCCAUAGCAUUCAUUGGGCUGAUAGACACACAGCGAUGGAAUGGUACAACACUAUAGAAGGCGCUGUUCAAGUUGGAUUACGAGCAGCAAAAGAAGUACUUAAUUGUAUCUAGAUGCUAUUUUUAAAUUCUAAUGAAUAUGAUAAUUGCAAUAAUUGAUUUCUUCUGAAAAAAUAAAAUUCUUUGUUUUUUUUAUAUAAUUUUAAUUGAAAUAUUUUAAUAAAAUGAAUUUAAUGGUGUUUUUAACUGAAGUUUGUUCACAUUUUGUAUCAUGAAUGAUUAAACCAAAAAUUUAAUGUGCUAUAAUUAAAUUUUUUUAUCAGCAAUAAAAGUUAAUGUAAGUUAUAGUUAAGCUGAAGGAUAUACACCACAUAAGUUUUGAUAGUUAAGAGACUUUCUGGACCAAACUGAGAGUAUGAUGGGGGUGAGUGACUCAAAACUGGUAAAUCAUAAGCAUCCUAGAGUUAAGUGUUCAUAUAUUUCCAUUAUGCUAAUUAUUUGAUUUGGGCAUUAUGCAAAUCUAUCUACGAUGUUAAUGAAGCCUUGAUAGGAAGACGUUGCAGGUUCAAGACCUGCUGGAUGUACACUUCCCGAGUCUGAGGCGUUUGCAAGAUCUGGCGGUAAGGGGUGUGUGAGAGUCCAGACCACCUCAGCCCCAACAUGGUUGUUGUUGAGGUGCGAAAAUUUUGAGAAUAUGGACCUCUCUGGGUGCUGGUAAAUUGUACUCUCAUAUCUUAAAACUUACCAAUAAUUCAUAUCAACAAUAUAAUACAAUUAUUUUCUUAAUACUAUUUAGGGGGUGCUAUUGCACCGUCUGCACCCCCCUGCAUCUGCCUCAGUGAGUAAUUUGCCACAAAAUUGUAGAUCCAGUUGUAGUUAUUACUGUACAAUUUAUCAGGGGAAAAUUGCAAGUAUUAUAGACCAUUAGUACCUGUAUACAAAUAAUCUAGGACUAUACUUUUUGAGGUUUAGAAAUUUAAACAAUGUCAGUAUCAAUUUCACAUUCCUAGCAUACUGGCUUGUGCCAUAAUGGUGUCCAAGAGCCAAGUGGGGUGUGGGGUGAGGUGACAAAGCCCCUUGAGCUCAGGAAUUCUAGACCAAGCUAUUACACAUUCAGUAUUAUCAAGUUUAAAUAUUAUAUAAAACAAAUUAAUAUAAUUAUACAAAAAAGAAAUAUAAACAAAAUAUAUAUUUUGUAUAGUACAUCGGAUCUAUGUAUUAUUACAAUAUCCAUAAGUUAAUUAUAACACCUUUUUAAAAACAGAAUCUAUAUAAUGCUAUAAAAAUACAAUAUUAAAUAACUGUGACCUUGAAUACAA